AUGGUCCAUGGAAAUCAGAGAGAACUUGCCUGCCAGAAAAACAUGCAGAAAACCCAGGAGAUUAGCAAGGGGAAAAGAAAAGAGGACAGAGUGACUACCUCUGAGAAAAAGCAGAGGGAUUCUGAGAUCAUGCAGCAAAGGCAGAAGGCAGCUAACAAGACGUUUUUGCAGACCAGAGUAUAUGUGGAGAAAGAUGGUGAACAGAUCAUCCUCCAAAAAUACAAGGAAUACAAAGAAGCCCUAUUUGGUUUUGAAAGACUGUAUGUAUCAACGGCUAAAGCCAAAGAAGAAGAAAUGAAAUAUUACGACCAAAAGGUUACUGAACUCAAGGGGUUCUUCCCGUAG